AUGAAUUGCACAUUACCAACACAUAGUUCUUUACAUCAACCACCGUCAUGUGGAAGACGAGUGCUACUAAAGCGUCCUACACAUGCGGUUAUCCAACCCAAAAAAAAGAAAUCAGUACGAUUUGAAGGAGAUCAAGUACGUUAUUUUUACAAGAAUCAAACACCAUUAGCUGUCAAGACAGACCCACCUUUUAUGGACAGAUCGGUAGAUGAUUAUAAACUAUCCUUGCCCAAUUGGCCUACAAGAAAUACCAUCUUUUAUAAUACGGAACAAAAAAUUCGUAUGGAGUCUGUCACACUUGUCAAUGGAGAUACAGACCUCAUGUCACAAAAUAUGUUUAUGAUUGAAGGUCGUUGUAGAGCACUCAACCUUUCAUUUCAUAAAAUUGUCUCUAUCCGCUAUUCCUUUGACCUCUGGCGAUCCUUUAGUGAGACCACGGGUGAAUUCCGUGAAUCUAUUGCUUCUACUUCAAAUACAUGGGACCGUUUUAUCUUUCAUAUUCCCAUCCAACCUAAAGAAGAGACACAGACACUCUAUCUUGCUCUUCGUUAUACUGUGGAUGAAGGUGAAUUCUGGGAUAACAACAAUGGUAUGAACUAUCAAGUCAUCAUCACUCCCAACGAGCCUAUUGCUACUACUACUGAAGAAUUGGCAAUUAUUCGAAACAAUACAAAGGUAUUGGGUAGACGCUAUGACUUUAGUACUUCCCUUACAGAGGCAUCCCGCAAGCCAUUUGGAUUUGCAUCACCCCCACCUUCACCUCCUGGAACUCCUGUUGAAAAUGAAAACCUUAGCUAUACCCCACCCGUCUUUUUUGGUAACGAUGUCGAAACUACUACCACUACUACUCCUCCUGCUUCUCCUCCCAUUUCAUCUGCUGAGGGAUUUGGUAUGAGUUAUUCAGACUUUGUUGACAAGUAUUGUUUCUACAAUUCCAACCCCAUUUACAGUUCAUUCUCUCCAUCCGCCGUGCUUUCUUAAACAACAACAACAAAAAAAAAGUUUACCUCUUUUAUUCCUUACCCCCUUCAUUUCUCUGUAUAUAUAUUUUUUGCAUUUUUCCCCUUUCUUUCUCUCUCUUAUAUUCCUCCUUAAAAUAAAAAUAUCUUUUUUUUCUUUUUUAAUAACAUCACGUCCCAUUAAAAAAAGACCGAUCCGGAAUAUAACACUCUCAGACCAUUAUUGAUAGAGAUCGCUGCCGAUAAAAAGAGGCGAGCUUGGGAAUUCCUUGUAUUACCCUAUUGGUUUAUCUGUACGCGAUAUUUCAUUGGAACAUCGGUAUGAAACUUGUUUUUUUUUUCUUGCACAAAACAAAUAAAAAUAGUUUUAAUUUGUGGGGU